AUGGAGCUCAACAUAACCACUAUGAGAACUUCAUCAGAUGGGGCUUGGCAAGGUGACAACCCUUUGCACCAUGCCUUCCCAUUGUUGAUAGUUCAAACCACUCUCGUCCUCUUCGUUAGCCGCCUCCUCGCAUUACUUCUCAAGCCACUCCGCCAACCUAAAGUCAUCGCUGAAAUAUUAGGUGGGAUUUUGUUGGGACCAUCAGCACUUGGCCGGAACAAACACUUCUUGCAGAUCAUAUUCCCUUCAUGGAGCACCCCCAUACUCGAAUCCAUAGCAAGCAUUGGCCUUCUCUUUUACUUAUUUCUUGUUGGCCUUGAGCUUGAUCUGAGCUCCAUUCGCCGCAGUGGCAGAAAAGCCAUCACCAUAGCCAUUGCAGGCAUUUCCCUCCCCUUUCUCUUAGGAGUAGGGGUCACAUUCCUCAUGCGCAAAGCCAUCCAUGGGGAGAACAAAGUGGGCUACGCUCAGUGCCUUGUGUUCAUUGGGGUAGCUCUCUCCAUCACCGCUUUCCCUGUCCUCGCACGCAUCCUAGCAGAGCUCAAACUGCUCACAACUCGCGUUGGCGAAACAGCAAUGGCAGCAGCAGCCUUCAACGACCUCGCUGCGUGGAUAUUGCUGGCAUUGGCCGUGGCCUUAGCCGGAGGGAACCACAAAAGCCCCUUAGUAUCCCUUUGGGUUCUCAUUUCAGGUGUUGCCUUUGUUGCUUUUCAGCUAACUUUGGUCAGGCCCUUCAUGAACUGGGUAGCCAAACGCAGCUCAUCCAAUGAUGGCUUAGUGGACGAGGCCUACAUCUGCUUAACCCUAGCCGGGGUAAUGAUAUCCGGGUUUAUGACAGACCUCAUCGGUGUCCAUGCGAUAUUCGGAGCUUUUGUUUUCGGGUUAACGAUCCCAAAGGGGGGUGAGUUUGCAGCCAAACUGACCAAAAGGAUAGAAGAUUUUGUGUCUGGUUUGCUUCUUCCUCUCUACUUUGCUUCAAGUGGGUUGAGGACGGAUGUGUUUAAAAUUCAAGGGGUUAAGGCAUGGGGACUGUUGGCUUUGGUGAUAUCAGUGUCCUGCACAGGGAAGAUUUUGGGAACGUUUUUGGUUGCCAUGUUGUGUAUGAUACCAGUAAGAGAGUCGUUGGCUUUGGGUGUGUUGAUGAACACCAAAGGGUUGGUAGAGCUCAUUGUUCUCAAUAUUGGAAAGGAAAAGAAGAUUCUAAACGACGAGAUGUUUGCUAUUUUAGUCCUGAUGGCACUUUUCACCACCUUCAUGACAACUCCGGCGGUGAUGGCCAUUUACAAUCCCUCAUGGGACGUUAUUGCUUCUCCAACUCCCCGUCUCUUACAUUCUCUAACCAAAAGCUCAAAGAAACAAAAGGACCUUCGAAUCCUUGCUUGCAUUCAUGGCCCCCGAAGCGUACCCUCCCUCAUCAACCUCAUAGAGUCAACCGGAACCGCCUUCGAAAACUCACCGCCCCUCAAAGUUUACGUCAUGCAUCUUGUUGAGCUCACUGAUCGUUCAUCUUCGAUUAUGAUGGCACACCGUGUUCGAAAAAAUGGUUUUCCUUUCAUCAACCGCUUAUGUCAAGGGGUUUCACGGGACCAAAUCCCGGCAGCAUUUGAGGCUUAUGGUAGAGUUGGUCAAGUCACCAUCCGCCACACGACGGCCAUCUCGGCAUUGUCCACAAUGCACCAGGACAUACUCCACGUCGCGGAAGAAAAGAGGGUGUCGAUCAUCAUCUUGCCUUUUAACAGACACUGCAGAACAGGGGGUGAAGAGACAAUGGAGAAUUUGGGGCAUGAUUGGAGAGGGGUCAAUCAGAGGGUAUUAAGCAGUGCAAAUUGCUCGGUGGCAUUGUUUGUGGAUCGUGGAUUUGGUGGCAGACCUGAGAGGCGUGCAGCGCAAUCAAGUGCCCCCAUUUCGAAGAGGGUGUGCGUUUUGUUUGAGGGUGGACCCGACGACCGCGAGGCUUUGGAGUUUGGAAGGAGACUGGCGCAUCCAAGUGUUAUGGUCACAGUUGUGAAGUGCAUUCAGGUUGAGGGAACAGACAGCUUGGAGCAGAGCCAUGAGAGGGAAGUUGAUGAGGCUGCAGUGGCAGAGCUGAAGAGGUCUAAUGAGUCAGUGGAAUACAUAGAGAAGGUGGUGGCCGGUGCAGAGACGGUAGUGAGUAUAGGUCGGAGCACGGAAUACGACCUGGUUAUCGUGGGGAAGGAGCAGCACCACCCAGCCAUGGUUGCAGAACUGGCUCACCAGCAGCUGGAGCAUGCUGAACUGGGACCAAUUGGAGAUGCAUUAGCUUCGUCCUCACAUGGGAUCUUGUCCUCCAUACUUGUGAUACAAGCACCAGGAAGUAAAAAAUGA